AUGAACAAGCAACUUGCUAUGGAGAAAGCAGACAAUUUCACAUUUUGCAAGCAAAUUAAUGAUGCCAUAAGUCCUUUCUUCUCUUUUGUCCAAGAUUCUAAGGACCCUUCAAGUUUCUACCACAGUCACUUGAAACCAAUUGGAAGGCAAGCUGAAGCAGACAAAUUUCUUUCCCUUUUAGCAAUGAUGGAAAAGUCCAACAUGAGUUUGCACAAAGACAUGCAUAUUCAGAAGAAUGAGCAGCAUCUUCAAUGGAUGAACAUGUCACUGCCAAGUAGCCAACAUGCAAUGGAACUGGACCAUGAAAAAGGGCUUCAAGGAAGCUUCUCAAAAAGUGAAGCAAUGACCAAAGGCAGUGGCAAGAGAAUGAAGGAUGAAGGAUCCAAAUGUAGUGCCCUUUGCUUGUGUCUUCCAGGCUUUGGCUUUGGUAAAGCAAAGACAGAUAAAGCAAGAAAAGGAGGCAACAAAAUGGAUUAUUCUGAGAAUCAUGUAAUGUCUAGCACAUUUUCUUUGGAACGCUUUGAACUUCAUUCGGGGGUUGCACAUGGGAAAGGGAUAAUAAUACAGGAAAAUAAUCAUGAAGAUGACUCCUUCAGUUCCUACUUUGACUUGCCUUCUAUAAUUCUGAAAUGCAGUGGUGAUGAUGAUGCUUAA